UCUACGUAGGGCCCAGGAUUGGGCGGGACCUGUGUUGGCGGCCGCGCUCUUCACACUACUCGAGGCCGCGGCUCGGGCCUGGGCCUAACGCUGGGCUGGCCAUUGGGGAGAGGCCUCGGGGUGUGUCAGACAGACAGACAGACAGCUGUGGGCCGGCAGGUUUAACUGUAAAGGAAGAAUUUCGACAGUUUACAAACAAAAUGUCGAAAAUGGGGCUGAAGAAGAAACAGCCCAAAACCUUCAAAGUGAAGGUUGUGACCAUGGAUGCAGAGAUGGAAUUCAGCUGUGAGGUGAAGUGGAAGGGCAAAGACUUGUUUGAUUUGGUGGGUCGCACGAUUGGACUGAGGGAGACCUGGUUCUUUGGGCUGAGGUAUACGGUGAAGGAUACGUACGCAUGGCUGAAAAUGGAAAAAAGGGUUUUAGACCAAGAGGUUCCGAAGGAGGAUCCCAUCACCUUUCACUUCCUGGCCAAGUUCUACCCUGAGAAAGUAGAGGAUGAGCUGGUGCAGGAGAUCACACAGCACCUUUUCUUCCUGCAGGUGAAGAAACAGAUUCUGGACGAGGAGAUUUACUGUUCCCCCGAAGCCUCGGUGUUGUUGGCAUCUUACGCUGUUCAGGCCAAGUACGGUGAUUACGAUCCGAAUUUCCACAAGCCGGGCUUCCUGGCUCAGGAUGAGCUGCUGCCGAAACGGGUUCUUAAGCAGUAUCAGAUGACACCUGAUAUGUGGGAAGAAAAAAUCACAGCUUGGUACGCAGAGCACCGAGGGAUCACCAGGGACGAGGCUGAGAUGGAAUAUUUGAAGAUCGCCCAAGACCUGGAGAUGUAUGGAGUAAACUAUUUUCCAAUCACACAAAAUAAAAAGGACACAGACUUGCUCCUGGGGGUGGAUGCCCUGGGCCUCCACAUCUACACCCCUGAUAACAGACUCUCCUCCAGGAAAUCUUUUGCGUGGAGCGGGAUUAGGAACAUUUCAUACAGCGAAAAAGAGUUUACCAUCAAGCCCUUGGACAAAAAGACCGAAGUUUUCAAGUUCUACUCCUCACAGCUGCGAGUGAACAAGCUGAUCUUGCAGUUGUGUAUCGGUAACCACGACCUGUUUAUGAGGAGGAGGAAAGUGGAUUCCAUCGAGGUGCAGCAGAUGAAAGCUCAGGCCAGAGAGGAGAAGGCCAGGAAGAAGAUGGAGCGUCAGAGGCUGGCCAGAGAGAAGCAGCUGAGAGAGGAGGCUGAGCGAGCGAAGGAGGACCUGGAGAGACGCCUCUACCAGCUGCAGGACGAGUCCAGGCUGGCGAAUGAGGCGCUGGUGAGAUCCCGAGUGAAGAUUGCGAUCUGUGAUGUUUUGCUGUCAGUGUAUAAGUCAGCCAAGGGGAGCAGUGGUGUUUGCCUGCGGAACUGCACUACCUGGCACUGA